GAAAGAAAAGUCGUCGUCCCCUGCCUCUGAGCCACCCUGUACUACUCUCUCUGCAGCUGUAACCUCUACUCUGCUUUACUUUUAGUCCACCCCUACACGCAUCGCCAUUACACACGCUCCAGUCCCACUACUACACUUCACGCACUCGCAACAAACACGUCCCAACAACGCCCCCCCUCCCCCUUCUCCCUCUCCUUCUCUCCCUCUCUGUUUUUCUCUGUUUUCUGCAGAAUUCAGGGCCAGCGGGAAGAGGAGAGAGAGAGCCCGGGCCACGGAGAGGAGGGGACAGGAGUGCCAGGUGUCAUCACGGUUUGCAACCCAGAGAGGGGAAAGAGAGAGAGAGAGAGAACUGGGUGGUGGGUUUUAGAGAGAGAGAGGGGGUGGUGAGUGGUGAGAUGGCAUCGAGAUUCGAGCCGGUUUGUGGGGAGUGAGGAGGAAGGGGGAAAUCGUCGGGGCGGAUCAGGAUGAUUUAAAGCAAAGGCGGCGAGAAUUUAUGAUUUCACUUCAUCCGAUUGACAACUCUCUCUCUCUCUCUUCUCUCUCCAUAUGACGCCAUAGUUUCUCACCAACUUUUCUCUAGCGAAUUUGCCCUUGGGUUGUUUCCUUUCCCAUUUUCUCCCCAGAGGGUAUACUUCUUUUUCCACAUAUUUCUAUUCAUCAUUGCUCCCUGCUGUGCAUGUACGAACUCUCUCUCUCUCUCUCUCGCGCUCGCUAAGCCAUUGAUGUCUUGAGAAACUUGGCUCAACCGCCCUUCUUUGCUUGUCCUUCACUCCUCCCCUCUGCUUCCAACUUCUUUCCUUCUCCACUCUGGAAAAAAAAAGAUAAGGCGGCUUCUUGCUCUGCCCUUUCUUCCUCAUAGCAUUUUCCUUCUCCUGUGUCUUCUUUCUAGCGAACGAAAGUUCCUUCUCUCGCGUUCUCUACUUGGAAUGGCGUCCGUUAGAGCAUCAUGAAGGUCUCGAGCCUGGUGGGAUUGUCUCCGUGACGGGUUAGCUCGUUCAAGAAAAAAAGGGUUGCUCUGUUCCUCUGCGAAAGAUUACGGAAAAUGAAGUUCAUGAAGUUGGGAUCCAAGCCAGAUGCGUUCCUUGCAGAUGGAAAAUCUAUCAGGUAUAUAUCUGCGGAACUGGCGACGGACAUUGCCAUAUGUGUUGGUGAGGUUAAGUUCUACCUUCAUAAGUUCCCUCUCUUGUCCAAGAGCUAUCGCAUGCAGAAGUUAGUGCAGAAGGCUCAUGAGGAGAAUUCUGAUGAAAUUAAUUUGGUUGAUUUCCCUGGAGGACCAAAGGCUUUUGAGAUUUGUGCAAAAUUCUGUUAUGGGAUGACAGUUACUCUUAAUGCUUACGACGUUGUGGCUGCUCGUUGUGCAGCCGAAUACCUUGAGAUGACUGAGGAUGUUGAUAGGGGUAACUUGAUUUUCAAAAUCGAGGUAUUUCUCAAUUCCAGUAUCUUUCGGAGCUGGAAGGAUUCCAUCAUUGUUCUUCAAACUACAAGGUCUCUACUUCCAUGGUCCAAUGACCUCAAGAUAGUUGGGAGAUGUAUAGAUUCUAUUGCCUCAAAGACUUCUAUUGAUCCUACAAGUGUCCAUUGGUCAUACACACACAAUCGCAAAUUAGCUUCGGCAGAUAGAAUUGUUGAGGAGGGGAUAAAGUUUCGGGAGAGAAUGGAAUCUGUACCCAAAGAUUGGUGGAUUGAAGAUCUAUGUGAGCUGGAUAUUGAUCUGUUCAAGCGAGUGAUCGUGACAGUGAAGUCAAAAGGACGGAUGGAUGCGAGUGUGAUUGGAGAGGCUCUCAGAACUUAUGCUGUCAGAUGGUUGCCGGAUUCUGUUGAUGCUUUGGUUUCAGAUGCCAACCAAUUCAGAAACAAAUCUCUUCUUGAAACUAUCAUUGCUUUGUUGCCAUCUGAAGUUAAUUCCGGUUCUUGUAGUUUUUUGCUAAAACUACUAAAAAUGGCUACCUUGGUGGCAACAGAUGGUUUGGUAAGGGAACAAUUGGUGAAAAGAGUUAGUCUGAUGUUGCAUGAGGCAUCAGUGAUGGAUUUGUUAAUUCCUUGUCGGGCUCCACAUAGCACAAAAUAUGAUGUAGAAUUGGUGAAGUGCCUUCUGAAGCAAUAUCUAUCACAUGGGAAUUAUGGCAGGGACUAUGGCAUCAAGAAUAACGAAGUUGGAAAUGGCAUGAUCCUUUUGGAGCAUGAUUCUUUGAUAAAUGUUGGUAAACUGGUAGAUGGGUAUCUCAUGGAAAUAGCACAUGAUCCGAAUCUGCCACUAUCAAGUUUCAUCGAGUUAUCACAGUCAAUUCCUGAUUCAGCGAGACCGAUUCAUGAUACCUUGUACAGAUCAAUUGACAUAUAUCUGAAGGAACAUCCGAGCUUGACAAAAUCUGAAAGAAAAAGGAUAUGUGGGUUGAUGGACGUCAAGAAACUGACCAUGGAGGCAUCCAUCCAUGCUGCGCAGAAUGAGCGUCUCCCACUUCGGGUUGUUGUCCAAGUUCUUUAUUUCGAGCAGGUCAGAGGGGCUCAAGGCCUCAACAGCACUCAGCGAGACACUUCGUGCUCCACGACGAACACCGAUGAGGAAUCAGAGAAGAUGACCACGGAAAGUUGCAGGAAGCUCGAGAAACAGAUGAGCCACAUGAAGAUUGAUAACGGCGAAGCGAAGAAGAACCGGAAGCUGGCCAAGAAAUCUAGCAGGAACAGCCAAAGCGGGGCCCAGUUGCUUCCCUCGAGAUCGAGGAGGAUAUUCGAUAAACUGUGGCCCAUCGGCAAGGGGCACGGGGAGCACAAGAGCUCGGAGACAUCCGGGAGUUCUCAGAGCCCGACGUCUGUGGUUCCUGCAGAUACCAGGUCUUCCGCAUCGUCCAUGAGACGCAGGCGGCACUCUAUAUCCUAGGAAAUUCUUCAUACCUGUUCAGUGCAGAAAAUUUUAGGCUGCUCCCAAGUGUAAAAAAAGUGGUAGAAACCUCGGUAGGCGUCAGCUUCGUUUGCCUCGGUGGUAUGGAUGCUUUCACUUCGUAAAGACUUUGCUGCUGCUUAAUUCUUAAAUUCUGUGAAUUCAUGAAUCGAGGGUGGUGAGUAUUCUGCUCUCUGAAGUGGCUUCUUGCUUUCUCUGUGGAAGCUUAACUAUGCCAAAAACAAGGAACUUUGUCAUGAGCAAAUUAUUCAAACACUUGUUCGAAUUCUGGCAG